GAAGAAGAAAAAACAUGGCAAUUUUACUGGGAAGUUACAGUUUACCCUUUCUUGGAGUUAGCGUUUUCAUCGCAGCUCUGACCUACAUUACCUACAACCUGCUGAGCAGUCAUUUCCAUAAAUGGUUCAAGAUGAAAUCUAUUCCUGGGACAGGUUCAGCAUACCCCUUUAUUGGAGAUGCACUGUUGUUCAAAACCAAUGCAGGAGAAUUCUUCAAUCAAAUUGUUAACUUUACAUAUGAGUUCAGAGAUGCACCAUUGUUUAAUAUCUGGUUUGGACCAAUUCCAUUGGUUGUCCUGUUUCAUGCUGAAACAGUUGAGAAAGUUCUGAGUAACCCUGUUCACCUCGACAAGGCUUUUCCAUACAAAUUCCUCCAUCCUUGGCUUGGAACAGGCCUUUUAACCAGCACUGGGAAAAAAUGGAGACAACGAAGAAAGAUUCUGACACCGACCUUCCAUUUUUCCAUCCUGACUGACUUUUUGCAAGUAAUGAACGAACAGGCAGAAAUUCUGGUGGAAAAGCUGGAGAAGAAAGCGGGAAAAGGUUCUUUCAACUGCUUCAAUGACAUCACCCUAUGUGCACUGGAUAUUAUCUGCGAAACUGCAAUGGGAAGAAAGAUUUACGCACAGAGUGAUUCUGAAUCUGAGUAUGUUAAGUGUGUAUACAGGAUGAGUGAUAUUGUCAGCCUGAGACAAAGGACACCUUGGUUUUGGCCUGAUUUUAUUUACUACUUCUUUGGUGAGGGUAAGAAGCAUGACAAGACACUGAAGACCCUCCAUUCUUUUACGUAUAAAGUGAUAAAGGAAAGGUCUGAAAACUUGUCCUACAUUGAAUCAGACAGCGACUCUGACUAUUUCAAGAAGAAGCGACAGGCCUUUCUAGACAUGCUCCUGAAGACCACAGAUGAAGAUGGAAACAAGUUGACCCAUCAGGACAUUCAAGAGGAAGUGGACACCUUUAUGUUUGAGGGUCAUGACACCACGGCUGCCUCCAUGAACUGGGCCCUCCAUCUGAUUGGAAGCCAUCCAGAGGUGCAACGAAAAGUUCAGCAAGAGCUGCAGGAAGUGUUUGGUGCAUCAGGCCGACCCAUUAACACAGAGGACCUAAAGAAACUAAAAUACCUGGAAUGUGUCAUUAAAGAAGCUCUGCGGCUGUUUCCCUCUGUGCCCUUCUUCGCCCGAAGCCUCUGUGACGACUGCAAUAUUAAUGGUUUCAACGUCCCCAAAGGAGCGAAUGCGAUCAUCAUUACAUACACUCUUCACCGUGAUCCACGAUACUUUCCAGAACCAGAGGAAUUCCGGCCCGAGCGUUUUUUUCCUGAGAAUUCAGUUGGAAGGCCCCCGUAUGCAUAUGUCCCUUUCUCUGCUGGACUCCGCAACUGCAUAGGUCAGCGUUUUGCACUGAUGGAAGAAAAAGUGGUUUUGGCGUCCAUUCUGCGUAACUUCAAUGUCGAGGCCUGUCAGAAACGUGAGGAAAUUCGCAGAGUGGGGGACCUCAUCCUGCGACCAGAGCAGGGCAUUUGGAUCAAACUGGAAAAGAGAGAACCACUUGCUCCAUAAAAUCAGC